GCCGGGGGCGGGGCCCGAAGCCGACGGCCCCGCCCCUGUCUACAGGCCCCCGCCCCUGCCGGUCCCCCCUCUAGGCCCAUCCCAAGAUGGCGGAGAUCCCCCUGUACUUUGUGGACUUGCAGGAUGACUUAGACGACUAUGGAUUUGAAGACUAUGGUACAGAUUGCGACAACAUGAGAGUAACGGCCUUCUUGGACAUUCCAGGCCAGGAUAACCUGCCUCCACUCACUCGCCUGGAGAAGUGUGCUUUCAGUGAGAACACCUUCAACCAGCAGAUUAUUGCCAGAGGGCUGCUUGAUAUCUUCCAGGACUUCAGUAACAAUGAAGAAGACUUCCUAACGGUAAUGGAGAUUGUAGUCAGAUUGUCAGAAGAUGCAGAGCCCACAGUGCGGACUGAGCUGAUGGAACAGAUUCCUCCUAUUGCCAUUUUUUUACAAGAAAACAGAUCAAAUUUUCCAGUGGUGCUCUCUGAAUAUCUCAUACCUAUUGUAGUGAGGUACCUCACAGAUCCAAACAAUCAGGUGAGAAAAUCAAGUCAGGAAGUGCUCUUGAUUCUUCUGGAACAAGACCUAAUUUUCCAGCAUGAUAUUGAAAACAAAGUGUGUCCCAUUCUGCUGCAGCCCUCUGCCCCAGACAGUGAUGACGAAUAUAAAGCAGAAGCUGUGAGCAUAAUCUGCAAAAUGGCUUCAAUGCUGAGUAAGAGUACAGUUGAGCACCUGCUACUCCCCCGAUUCUGUGAACUGUGUGGUGAUGGGAAGCUCUUUCAAGUUCGGAAGGUUUGUGCUGCAAAUUUUGGUGACAUUUGUCAUGCUGUUGGACAAGAAGCCACUGAGAAAUUUUUGAUCCCAAAGUUCCUUGAGCUCUGCUCUGAUGCUGUUUGGGGCAUGCGGAAAGCCUGUGCGGAGUGCUUCACGGCUGUGUCGCACAGCUCCUCCCCUGGGGUCCGCAGAACCCAGCUCUCCCCGCUCUUCAUCAGACUUGUCAGCGACCCCUGCCGAUGGGUGCGCCAGGCUGCCUUCCAGUCCCUCGGCCCCUUCAUUUCCACCUUUGCAAACCCCUCCAGGGCUGGCCUUUAUCUUCGAGAGGAUGGCGCCUUGAGCAUCUGGCCACUCACCCAGGAUUUGGACUCUGGUUUUGCCUCUGGCUCACCUGCUCCCAGCAGUGGUGGUAACACUUCUCCUGCCAGUUUAACUAGUUCAGCAAAGCCUGUGCAGAGGGAGCCAGAGCUACCCGUGGAAGGCACCUCAGCGAAAACCAGUAAUUUCGUGCACAUCAGUAGCUCCUCUGAUGGCCCAACGGAAAACCCUGUGGAAAGCUCUGUGUCGGCUGGAGCUGAGUUGACCAGGCUUUCCCCAGAGACCGGCGCCUUCUCAAAGCUUUCUGACAUUAACAACCUCCCCAUCAGCAGCUACCCUGGAUCAGAUUCCUGGGCCUGCCCAAGGAGCACUGAGGAUGUGUUCAAUCAUUUUCUUUAUUGGCGAACUCCUCUCCCUGACAUAAGCAAGGACUUAGAGCUGCUUCUGAGUGAGGCUGGGCCUCAGGAGGAUGACUGCAGCAGACCUGGGGUUGUGCACAACAGCUGUGUGGCCCGGAGUGAGAUUCAGAAAGUCCUUGAUAGUUUGCAGGAGCAUCUGAUGAAUGAUCCAGAUGUUCAAGCUCAAGUUCAGGUAUUAUCCGCUGCACUGAGAGCUGCACAGCUUGACUCCGUGAAUGAACCCAAGAGCAAGCCAACAGCAGGCCUAAAUGAAGUGUCCAUUUCACAUCCCAGCUCUGCCUCUGACAAUCAGAUCACUCUGGCAGCCUCAUCAUCUCAGAAUGAGCUCUUUGUGGCCAGGAUAUUACAAAGCCCAGAUCCAAGUGAACCCAGAAAUGGAACCAGUGACCAUCUGGAGACUGACCAGAGGCAGGAUCCCACCCCACUUGAAGAGAAUAAAUCUAAAUUACAGGAUGUAAUACCUCAGCCGCUGCUAGAUCACUAUGUGUCCAUGACUGACCCAGCUCGAGCCCAGACUGUCGACGCUGACAUAGCCACACACUGUGCCUACAGCCUCCCAGGGGUGGCACUGACCCUGGGCAGGCACCAUUGGCACUGCCUGAAAGAUACAUACGAAACACUGGCUUCUGACGUACAGUGGAAGGUACGGCGAACCCUAGCCUUCUCCAUUCACGAGCUGGCUGUGAUUCUUGGGGAUCAGUUAACAGCAGCUGACCUGGUGCCUAUCUUCAAUGGAUUUUUAAAGGAUCUAGAUGAAGUGCGAAUAGGAGUUCUUAAACACCUGUAUGAUUUUCUAAAGUUGCUUCAUGAAGACAAGAGGAGAGACUAUCUUUAUCAGCUUCAAGAAUUUGUAGUGACUGAUAACAGCAGGAAUUGGAGGUUUCGAUAUGAACUAGCAGAACGACUGAUACUGAUUCUGGAACUCUAUAGUCCCAAUGAUGUUUAUGAUUACCUAAUGCACAUUGCCUUAAAGUUGUGUGCAGAUCAAGUUUCUGAAGUUCGGUGGAUCUCCUUCAAACUAGUCGUGGCAAUUCUGCAGAAGUUCCAUUCCAACAGUGAAAGUGCAUUGGGGUUAAAUUUCAUCAGUGAACUCAUCGUAAGGUUCCGGCACUGUUCUAAGUGGGUUGGAAGGCAAGCUUUCGCUUUCAUUUGUCAGAAGACUGCUGGAAAACAUCACUUCUUUGGCUGUGACUUUCUUGGAGCAGGCAGUGGUGAGCAAGGAGUGUGUCCCCGUGGACCAGUUCGUGGAGCACCUGCUUCCCAGCCUCCUGAGCCUCGUGUCAGAUCCUGUGCCCAACGUGAGGGUUCUGCUAGCCAAGGCCCUACGGCAGAUGCUGUUGGAAAAGGCAUAUUUUAGAAAUGCCGGUAACCCUCAUCUUGAAGUCAUUGAAGAGACCAUCUUAGCAUUGCAGUCAGACCGGGACCAAGAUGUUUCCUUUUUUGCAGCCCUAGAACCAAAGCGGCGGAAUAUCAUAGACACUGCUGUACUAGAAAAACAGAAUUAACUGCUCCGUGAUGAGUUGCAAUCUGAUUAUUUCAUGCUUGGCACAUAUGGCUUACCAUAACUUGAAGGGGAACUGAUUGUAUUAUACCAGCUGGGGGAAAUUUUGGAACUUUUCAUACUGUGCACUCAGUGACUGAUGCCUUUUCCAUCUGUACCCCGAAGGGACUGAACCUGAUGGGGGCUUUUUCUAGAUGGCUGAGCCAUCCUGAUCAAGCCUGAUCAGUAAGUCUGUGGAAAGAUUGCAGACCAGGUGGCUCACUGGGCACUGGAACCUCUGAACCAUCAGGCUGCCUGCCAGCAAGUUCUUUUCUCCAUGGCAGACUGUAUGAUAUGAAGUCCCCCCAACCCUCGCCAAGUAAAGUAGUUUAUUAGAAGCUCUGAAGUCUUUAAUAGACCUGCAUAUUUCCUUCCCUUAUGAUUUCCUAUAUAGUUUAUGGUGUUAUAUUUUAUUUUUAACUGAAAUACUGUACAUAUGUAAAUAACUCUUGACAGGAAGAAAAUAUAUUAAUGUAGUAUUUGCCCCUAUCAGUGAGCUGAACAAAUACAUUAUUUAAAUCUAUGCUCCACUUUGAGUUGCUACAAAUAUAGUUCAAUUUAUUUUUGAAAAAUGUGAUAAAGAAAUCUAAAGAAUGAUUGAUGGCAGUCUUUCUAAUAUUGUGCCUUUGUUAUAAACUACUUGGAACUUUUCCUCAGGCACUCACUCCUCCCCGCCUGACAGGAACUGCCUCCAUGAAGAUAUGUGUUGGCCUUUGAUAGAGGCAUAAAGCUGAAAGAUUUUUCAUUUUUAUAUGGAUAUGCUGUCAUAUGUUUAAGAACUUGAGAGGGAAAUGGAUAACUGAGGUUUUUCCAUUUUUAUAUGGAUAUGCUAUAUGUUUAAAAACUUGGAAGGGAAAUUGAUAACUGAGAUGCAUGGAUAUUGACUUUGUAUCUAAUGCUUUAGAAUCUUAACCAAAAAAAGGAAAACCCAGUUCUGAUCAGAACCUGCCCACAAGUUCUACGCACCUGUGACUUUGGGGGUCAAAUUAUAUACUCUUCAAAUUGACUUAAGUACACAUCAGUUAGAUUUCAUGCAUUUCAAAUUUAGACUAAGAGAAAGAUGCUCUAUAAUUUAACCAGGUUUUUUAAAUCAGUAAUUUAAGAUUUUCUAACCAUUUGAACAAAUUUUACGUACAUGUAUGCACAUGUCAUUUUUCGUAUUUCUAUUUUUAUGUUCUCAAAGGUAGGAUAAGGGAAGGAAGGAAGAAACAGCCCAUUUGGGGUUCAAGAGCUAGCUCUGCUAAGGGCUUGUAAGCUAUUUCUAUUUUGCCCUUUGGUCUUUUUCUUGUUUGUCUUGUCUUUAUUUUUUAAUGAAAUUUUUGAAGCUAUGUAUUGAAUUUUCUAGUAUACAGGAUGUUACUCCCACCUCCAAAUUCCAUUUAACUGAUUCUUUUAAAAGAAAGAUAGGAGUAUAUGCACCACGCCAAAAUAAUAAUAAGGUACAUAUGUGAGAAUUGCAAAUUAUACCCCAGGGUAGCAUUUAGGCAAUGUCGGCAAAAAGUGAGUUAAUAAAUCGGAGGCUACAUAUUAAAAAAAAAAAA